GGACCCGCUGCACACCGGUCGCGCGCGCUAAUCGUUAAACUCGCAUGCACCCGCGUGAUCGUCCACAACAUCGUUGCAGUCGUCGUCAGUAAAUAUCAGCGUGCAACCGGCCUUACAACAACAACAACAACAACAACGGAAAUCGGCACAGGAAAGAAGAACGCAUAGUAUAAUAAUAAUAAUAAUACUAGUAAUAAUAACGAUUAAAAUAACUAUAAGCAAUAUCAUUGUCGUGCUUAUUUGCUAUUAUGAUAUUAUAAACGGUCGUCCGUCAGACGGUCGCGAGUUACUCGCCUGGGCAUGCGGACACUAGUGUAACGCACACGUGUUAACCCUGACCGCGCUCAACAGAACGACACCGUCGUCGCAGUAACAGCGGCAGCAGCAGCAGCAGCAGUCGUCAUCAGUUGCUCAGCGAUAACGACUCGCGUGAUUCUGAGUUUAUUAUAACGUUAAUAACAAUCAUCUUUUAAUAUUAUUAUUAAUAGGAAUUUUGAAUUUUGAAUUUUUUUAUAAAUUUACUCUUACCGUCGCGACACGAGAAAAAAUUCGGGCGCGAUGCAAUUUUUGACCGGUACAUCGCAGACGAGUGCCGGCGGCGGUAUGUUCGGCGGCGCCGAUGGCGCGGAGCUGUACGCGGCCACGGCGUCGGCGCCUGACCAUUACUUCUGCCAGCGAAUGUUGUACGCGAUGCAGUUCGAUUCGGUGGCCGCGGCCGGCGCCGGUAUGUGUUCGCCGCUGUUACCGUCGUCGUUGUCGUCGCCGCCGUCACCGCCGUCGUCGUUAUCGUCAUCAUCGCCGUCGUCGUUAUCGUCGUCGUCUUCGUCGUCAUCGUCGUCGUCGUCGUCGUCGUCGUCGUCGCCGUUAUCGUUGUCGUCGCCGUUAUCGUUGGCGUUAACGCCGUCGAUCGGCGGUCGUUGCUUCACAACAACCGCCGCCGCCGGGGACGUGAAAAUGAUGGACGCGUGCCCGGCGUCACCGGUCAACGAUCAUCAUCUUCAUCAUCAUCUACAUAAUCACCAUCUUCAGCUACAGCAACAGCACGCGGUCGAAAACAGGAAACGUCCGUUACAGGACACGUUGGAUGGCGCAAACGUUAAAAGAACGCAUAGCUCGUCCAUCGUCGCAGGAAAUUCAGAUGGAAUGUAUCAUAUGAAAAUUUUAAUUCCUUGUAUAACUGCUGGUGCCAUCAUAGGUAAAGGCGGAGAGACAAUUGCACAGCUUCAAACAGAGACCAACACUAAAAUAAAAAUGUCAAAAACAAAUGAUUUUUAUCCUGGCACGACCGAAAGAGUUUGCAUAAUAUCUGGAUCAAGUUCCGAACAUAUAAUGGCAGCACUUACAUUUAUUAUGGAACGAAUCCGGGAAAAACCAGAUGCGUCGAAUAGGGUUCAAAAUUCUGGUGAUGCAAUUGCAGAUCGAGAGAAACAGGUAAAAAUCCUGAUACCUAAUUCGACAGCGGGUAUGAUUAUUGGUAAAGCUGGAGCGUACAUCAAACAGUUGAAAGAAGACAGUGGGUGUUUUGUGCAAAUAUCGCAAAAAGCAAAAGACACUACACUCCAAGAGCGAUGCAUUACCGUGUCAGGUAACACAGAAGGGAACAAAAAAGUUUGCUUGUGCAUAUUAAACAAAAUAAUCGAAGAUCCGUUGAGUGCGUCUUGUCCGAAUUUAAGUUACGCCGAUGUCAACGGCCCAGUGGCGAAUUUCAAUCCCACAGGAUCACCGUAUGCCUUGCCUACCACUAAUUGCUCCAACAACCAGGCCAGUUACAACUUAAAUGCCACAUCGUUAUCCACGCAGGAUAUUAGUAAUGGGAUAUUCACGAACAAAUUCUUAGAUAACGUAAAGCCGUUAUUGAGGUCCAGUGGAUAUCCUGAAUCCGCAGUCAAUGAAAUAGCUAUUGCUUUUUUGACGUUAGCCAAGCACAACGUACUCAGUCUGAACAGCAUAAUCGGACUGAUCAACCAGACCAGCAUCCUGCAACCGGCCCCGUCGGUGCCGCACCACAACGGGACCGGGCUCCUGAGCACGGUGACCAACGACCUGUUCGACCUGGGCCUGGCCGGCGGCGCGAUAUCCAUCAACGCGAUCCUGUCGCAGAACGCGGCCAGCCCGACGCUGUCCAACGCCAACUCGUACGGGCUGGGCGUGGCGGCGGCCGCGGCUGCCGCGGCCGCGUCCACGCCCAAGACGAUCGGGCCGACGACGAACGCGGCGGCCGCGGCUGCAGCGGCCGCGGCGGCCGCCCUGUACGAGAUGACCGCCGACGACCAGCAGUCCGUCAAGCGGGAGAUGGACGUGCCCGAGUCAAUCGUCGGGGCCAUCAUCGGCCCCGGCGGCCGGUCGCUGGUCGAAAUCCAGCAGAUGAGCGGCGUCACCAUUCACAUAUCCAAGAAGGGCGUGUACGCGCCGGGCACCACCAACCGCAAAGUGACCAUAUGCGGGUCGGCCAGCGGCAUAGCGAUGGCCAAUUACCUUAUGCAGCAGAGGAUCGUCGACGAGGAGACCAAGCGGGCCCGCGCGUUCUGAACCGCAUGACGCGCCUGCAUACCGCUCUGCCCGCGUCCGUUUUGUUCUAUACCAUAUUAUUAUAGUCUAAGUAUUACACUAACUCGCCUUCUACGUAAUUUUCAUAUUAUUCAUAUUAUUAUUCAUGUUAUUAUUAUUAUUAUUAUUAUUAUUUCUUCUCUCUUGCUUUUUCCUCGACUCAUCUUCAACCCCAUUCUACCCUUUUCCCACCCGUUUUAACUUUGAUAUCACCCCUCACCGUGUGCGUGCCCGUGUGUAAGUAAAUUAUAAUAAUAUAUAUAUUAUAUAUAUUAAAUAAAACGGGUGGACGUUAUUCGACGACGGUUUUUUUUU